AUGAAAUCUGUCGACCAAAGAAACCUCCUUGCAUGUCUCUUUCAAAAGAGGCAUCUACUCAAAGCAUGUGAUGGGCAUCUCAUAGGGUUCAUCGUUGAUGCAUUGAGCCGAGAAUGGUCUACCAGUCAACCUGCGGACGAAGACACGACAGGUGCGCGGAGACAACGUGACAAACGUCUAGUCAAGUAUGCGACAGAAUGUGUGAAGGAGCUCAUGCGUGGAGGGUGGUCUCCGGACGCGAUAGUCCUCUACACGAACAUAAACUACGACCCUUCGGGUCCCGAUUGUUCGAGAAACGUCUUGACUCCUUCACGCCUGGAUUCAGAGACGAUGGGGCAUCCAGAGGAAAUCGCUGGUUAUCUCGGAGAGCCACGGUCCGCAUCAGAUGGCUCUAAACCGUUACUCGUGGCAGGAAAUUGGAAUACUCGUACACUGCAUCGCAUGGUCGUUAGUCCCGUUGGAAGGCCUUUGGAGACUUUCAGGAGCAGUCGUGAGCUCAUCGCCGUAAUGUACGACGCAAUUCAAGCCCACCGUGAUGCAUGGGAGAUAGCUGGUAUUCUGCACAAAAACAUUUGUCCGGCAGUCAUCAUGAUGAGCAACGACCUAAUAGCGCCAUAUGGGCUCCUCAUUGAUUGGGAGAUAUGA